AAAGAAAGAGAACUGAAAAUCUAGUGAAAGAGAGGAGGAGGUGAUGGGGAGGAGGGAAAGCGGCGAAUGAACCAACGAGGAAGACGAAAAUAAAAGAAGAGAUACUUUUAUAUAAAAAGCUUUCUCUAUCUAUCUGUUAGCUUCACUUCUUGUCUGAUAAAACACACAGACUUGGAGAGUGAAAGAUUGAGAGAUCUGCGGAGAGAGGAGUCCUCACUUCUUAUCCCAAUCUCUUACUUAAAAUCUUCUCAUCUCAAAACAAAAACAUUCUAAAAUGAUGAAGAACGGGAAGCAAUCUUCGCAACCCGAAAAGGGUUCUUCUAGGAUCUUAUCACUCACAGUUCUGUUCAUCGCUUUGUGCGGUUUCUCCUUUUACCUCGGUGGUAUGUUUUGCUCUGAGAGAGUCAAGAUCGAAGCCAACGACGUCACAAGCACCACUACAAAGGCUGUAGCUUCCCCUAUGAAACCAACAGUUUCGCCUCUUCAAAUCAAAUCCGUCUCUUUCCCUGAAUGCAGUUCAGAGUUGCAAGAUUACACGCCCUGCACCGAUCCAAAGAGAUGGAAGAGGUACGGUGUACACCGCCUAAGUUUCUUGGAGCGUCACUGUCCUCCAGUUUACGAGAAGAACGAGUGUUUGAUCCCACCACCAGACGGGUACAAACCGCCUAUAAGAUGGCCGAAGAGCAGAGACCAGUGUUGGUACAAGAACGUGCCUUAUGAUUGGAUCAACAAGCAGAAAUCAAACCAGCAUUGGCUCAAGAAAGAAGGUGACAAGUUCCAUUUCCCUGGUGGUGGUACCAUGUUUCCACGUGGAGUUAGUCACUACGUUGAUGAGAUGCAAGAUCUGAUUCCCGAGAUGAAAGACGGUACAGUCAGAACCGCCAUUGACACUGGCUGUGGGGUAGCGAGCUGGGGAGGUGAUCUAUUGGACCGUGGGAUACUAACAAUCUCUCUGGCUCCUAGAGAUAACCAUGAAGCUCAGGUUCAGUUUGCUCUUGAACGUGGGAUCCCUGCUAUUCUCGGUGUUAUCUCUACGCAGCGUCUCCCCUUCCCUUCAAAUUCUUUUGAUAUGGCUCAUUGCUCUAGAUGUCUCAUUCCCUGGACUGAGUUUGGUGGGAUCUAUUUGCUUGAGAUUCACCGGAUAGUCCGACCUGGAGGUUUCUGGGUUCUCUCAGGUCCACCAGUGAACUACAACAGACGGUGGCGCGGAUGGAACACAACCAUGGAAGAUCAGAAAUCAGACUACAACAAGCUCCAGUCACUUCUAACCUCCAUGUGCUUCAAAAAGUACGCACAAAAAGACGACAUAGCCGUGUGGCAGAAACUCUCAGACAAAUCUUGUUACGACAAGAUCGCAAAGAACAUGGAAGCUUACCCUCCAAAAUGUGACGACAGCAUUGAACCUGACUCCGCUUGGUACACUCCCCUCCGUCCCUGCGUGGUUGCACCGACCGCUAAAGUCAAGAACUCUGGACUCGGGUCGAUACCGAAAUGGCCCGAGAGAUUGAACGUAGCGCCGGAGAGGAUCUCUGAUGUUCAUGGAGGGAGCGCUAGUGGUUUGAAACACGAUGAUGGUAAGUGGAAGAACAGGGUUAAGCAUUACAAGAAAGUGUUACCGGCUCUUGGGACAGAUAAGAUAAGGAAUGUUAUGGAUAUGAACACUGUUUAUGGAGGCUUCGCUGCUGCUCUUGUCAAGGAUCCUGUUUGGGUCAUGAACGUUGUCUCGUCCUACAGCGCCAAUACGCUUCAUGUUGUCUUUGAUCGUGGUCUCAUUGGAACCUACCACGACUGGUGCGAAGCUUUCUCGACGUAUCCAAGAACAUAUGAUCUUCUUCACCUUGACAGCCUUUUUACACUUGAGAGCCACAGGUGUGAGAUGAAGUACGUUUUGCUGGAGAUGGACCGGAUAUUGAGACCGGGUGGAUAUGUAAUAAUGCGAGAAUCGAGUUAUUUCAUGGACGCAAUCACGAUGUUGGCCAAGGGGACGAGGUGGAAUUGUCGGAGAGAGGAGACUGAGUAUGCCGUGGAAAGCGAGAAGAUUCUGGUUUGCCAGAAAAAGCUUUGGUUUUCGUCUAACCAAACCUCUUGAUGAGGCACUAUACCAAAGUUUAAACCGAAGAUGUUGGAUUAAUCUUAGUUCUCAUCAAUCUCAUGGGAUGUAUACUCUUUUGAGGUGUUAGAGAUCUGGUUCUUUAAAACAAAGAUAUAAUAGCUAUAAACAUUUUUCCUUUUUUGGCUUAUGUUAAAUUUAUCGGGUAUAUAUACAUAUUAUAUUUUUAGUUA